GAGGAAGCUUCUAUUCUUUACUUUCAAAUCAAAAAGUAGAAAAAUUAAAAGGAAAUAUAUGAAUGAAAAUACAUAAAAGAAAUAAUCCGAAGACAGUAAUUUUUUCGAAAUCAAUAUCUGUUGUGAACAAUUAUGAAGAACCUUUUAAUAAUAAAAGCGAAGGAAAUCGAUCGAUUACAAUUUACUGUAAUUUUCUCGCAUUGUAGUCUAUCAUUAUGAACAGUUGAAUGAUUCCUGCAGUUUUACAUAACAUUUAACAUCUGAUCAGAACGAUGGACGUGUUCGAUAAACAGUAUGCUACUUAUCGUAUUGUAUUGAAAAUCGUUGGACUGUGGCCAUACGAUAACUCGAUCUACGUUUGGAUUCAAAGAUUAUGGUUAUUAAGCUACUUUUUUGCCAAUAUAAUAUUUCAGAUCGUGUCACUUUUAAGAUCUGAAAUUACAUUACAGAACAGCAUUUUAACGUUAUCUAUAACCUGUCCAUUUGUGCUAUUUUUGUUACGAUAUAUAGGUUCUAUAAUCUUUUUUCCUAUAAUAAAAAUUAUAUUCAAGCAUAUAUGUACAGAGGAAAAUAUCGUUCAAGAUUCAAUAGAAUCGCAAAUACGAAUGAAAUUGAUCGAUGAUUCGCUUCAUAUGAUCAACAUUUUUUUCUGGAUGACAUACACGUUUAUUGUAAUUUACGUUACAUAUGUAUUGUAUCCUAUAAUAUUGGAUUUCAUGAUACCUUUGAAUGAAUCUCGUACUCAUAUCAUUUAUUACAUUACAACCUUUUCUCACGAUCAAAUCAUAUAUCUCGAUAUUCUAGACUUCAAUUUUAUGUUUAUUGGCAUAUUUGGAUUAUUAUCUAUAGCAUGUUCGGAAUCGAUAACCGGAUUGUGUAGUUAUUACAUAUGCAUGUUGUUGAAAAUUGUAAGCUAUCGAAUACAAAAGAUUAUUAUGAAUUUGGCUAUGUUUAAGCUCUCACCAAAACAAAUUGAUUCGAAACUCAUAGAGCUCUAUCGUGUAGUGGAUAUUCACAAUCAAACUAUCGAACUUAUCGAUUUCGCGGUAAGUACUGCAGGUAUACAUUAUAUAAUGGCUAGUCUCCUAGUUGUGAUCUCAUUGGCUAUAAAUUUGCAUCGACUAGUAAAUGCAACUUUAAUUAAGAAGAACCAAUUAGAAAUGUUAUUCUGUUUCACACUUGUUGCUAUUCACUUGCUGAUUAUAUUUCUCAAUAAUUAUAAUGGUCAAAAACUUAUGAACAGUAGCCAAAAAUUGUUCGAUGAAUUAUAUAAUUCGAUGUGGUAUUCCAUGCCAUUGAAAGCGCAAAAAAUCUUAUUGUUGAUCAUGUUACAAAGUACAACGACACAUGCAUUCAACAUCUUAGGUUUGUUCACCCCAUGUCAUACAGGAUUUUCAACGAUCUAUCAUGUUCUACAUUCGAGAGAGAAGAAGAUCGAAACUGUUUCUACAAAUGUUCAUCGAUGAAUACGAACGACAUCGCAGAUAAUUUUAGAAAUUUCUUGCACACGAUCCCUACAUAAAAUUGACUCCUAAUCUGAUGAAUAAAAUAUACCAACAAGAUGUAAUGGAAAAUCGAUUCAUGGAUAUCAAAUAGACCAGUUUCAACUUCAAUGGCAAGAUGAAUGUAUUCGAAAAAGAUUGUUACAAAUAUUAUCAUGUCUAUAUGACAAUCGCCAAUAUUUGGCCACACAGUAUGAUUCAUAUGAUGUUUCAUUAUUAAUGGAGCUUUGAUAGUAGUUUAUUGAAAAUCGAUUUAAAUAAUAAUGAUAUAUAAGUGCACUUUUAAAUUAGUAAAACUUAACAUUUUUUUUUUGUGAAAAGAAAAUCAAGUUAUAAGUAUAAAUACUGAUAUUGAUAAAAUCGUUGGAAAAAUUUAAUUUGCUUGAAAUUUGACAUUAAUAGAUUUGGUUUAGUGACAUUGACAUUAUAUAUUAAAUAAAUAUUAUGCAUAAUUUUGAAAAAAUAUAAAACUUGUCUUUAACUCAAUAUCGAGUGAUUGGGAAACAUUUGUCCAUGAGAAAGAGUUAGAAAUAUUAGAAGAUUAUGCCAAAAGGCAAAAGCGAAUAAUUUCAUUGCUUUCACUUGUCGCAUAUGAAGAGCAAUUGAAAGUGAUUCAGAAAAAAAUAUUGCGAAUAGAUGAAAUUGAUCUUAUAAGAAAAUUUGGGAUGCAAUGGAAAUUUAUACGCGUAUCGAGUCGGUAUUGAUAUUAAUAUCACAGAUAAAAUAAAUUUCAGAAGCUAAAGAUAUAGGUCUAACCUAAAAUUUUCAUUUUUCAAGCGCGUAGAAUGUCCUAUUGAAAAAGUUAUCGAUAAUGAAUUGCAUCAUUAAUCUGAUAAUCAUAUUUUCUUUAGCUACUUAUAUGAUAUUAAUGAGUACUUUUUAAUUAAUAUUAAUUAUAAAAUAUAUAUAAAAAUCUAAUUAAUUUUUACAUCUCAAUUAUUGCAAAUCUAUUCUACAUUGCAACUUACUAUUAAAGCUUGAAUGACACGACGCAUUUUCAUAUGGUUAUGGUAUUUUUAUACAUUUAUUUUAUGCGUUUAUACAUAAUUAUAUCGACCAGAUCAUCAUGAAUUAUUUAUUGCAUCCUAUGAAUUGUAAAAUAAUAAUAAAAAAAAGAAAUUUAAAUGAUUCCGAACUAAAAAGUAAAUCUAAUCUUUAAAUAUAUAUUUAAAAUUAUGUACUCACCGUUACAUCAUAUUGUUGACUUUGAUAAUCACAGCCAUAUAAAUUGCUCUUCUUUUUUCUUUCUUCAACUUCAUGCAAUAUAUAUCGUAUUUAAAGAUCAACAUUGUUACGAUUAUUACGCAUUUCACAUGUCAUCUACAAACUCACGAUCGACAUUGUACAAUUAAAGUUUACUAAGAGAUUUU